CUACUCAAUUUAAUAAAAAUAGAAUUGUACAAAAAUCAGCUGCUUAUUAUCCAAUUAUUCCUCGAUUAAAGCUACAAUAUGCUGAUUCUGAAAGAUCAAAGCUCCUUAGAUAUCGCUCUAAUUAUGUAUUAAAUACUAAUACAUAUUGUGAUAUUUUUGAUGGACAUUUAUAUAAAAGACUAUUACAUAAUGGAAUGAUUAAAGAUGAGCGAGAUUUAAUCUUUUCAGCAAGCUUAGAUGGGUAUCAAAUUUUUCAACAACAUAGAGAUGAUAAUUGGGUAAUCAUAUUUAUCAACAAUAAUAUUCCACCAGAAGAUAGAGUAAAACAAGAAAAUCUUUUAAUUGCGGCAAUUAUACCUGGGGUAGUAGAUUUAAAAUCAGGCAUUAAUCAUGUAUAUUAUCCUUUAAAAUAUACAACAACCAAUGGUAAAAAGUUAUAUAAUAUUAAGAAACUUCCAUUACGAGAUCACAAAUCAUAUUUAGAUAAAGUAUCAAUAUGGAAAGCUGCAUCUAAUAAAAAAAAAGCACAAAAAGAUACUGACAAUUGGUAUUUCUUUGUAGAAGCUGCUCAAAUUGCUAUAAAAAAAACAAUUACUUAUGAAGAAUUAUAUUGCUUAGAUGAUAACUUUCAAAAAUUUUUUAAAACAUAUACAAG